UUCCACGUUAAUUAACCAAUUCAAUAUCUUUCAAACAAAAUUUACCAAGGGAAGCUUGUGAAGAAUAAUGGCCUCUACUCGGUUCUUCGCUUUACUCUGGCUUCUCUUUGCUUCAGCAUUGUUGUCCUUGGUCAAUGCCGGCGGCAAAACUCACCACCAUGAUUUUGUAAUUCAAGCGACACCAGUGAAGAGGCUGUGCAAAACCCACAACAGCAUCACAGUCAACGGACAAUUCCCUGGCCCAACCUUGGAAGUAAAUAACGGAGACACUCUAGUCAUCAAAAUCACAAACAAAGCUCGUUACAAUGUCACCAUUCACUGGCAUGGGAUUAGGCAACUCAGGAGUGGAUGGGCGGAUGGGCCUGAGUUUGUGACUCAAUGCCCAAUUAGGCCGGGAGGGAGCUACACCUACCGCUUCACAAUUGAAGGCCAGGAAGGAACACUGUGGUGGCACGCCCACAGUUCAUGGCUCAGAGCAACUGUCUAUGGAGCUCUCAUUAUUCGUCCUAGAGAAGGAGAAUCCUACCCUUUCCAAAAACCUAAGCGUGAAACACCGAUUCUUCUUGGUGAAUGGUGGGAUGCGAACCCCAUUGAUGUUGUGAGACAAGCAACUCGAACGGGAGCAGCUCCAAAUAAUUCCAAUGCUUUUACCAUCAACGGUCAACCUGGCGACCUUUACAACUGUUCUAGCAAAGAUACCGUGGUGGUGCCCAUAGAAGUGGGCGAGACGAACCUCCUGAGAGUGAUAAACGCGGCGCUGAACCAGCCGCUCUUCUUCAAGAUAGCGAACCACAAGCUGACUGUCGUCUCCGCCGACGCCUCCUACACCAAGCCCUUCACCACCGACGUCCUCAUGCUCGGUCCCGGCCAGACCACCGACGUCCUCAUCACCGGCGACCAGCCCCCGGCCCGCUUCUACAUUGCGGCGCGCGCCUACCAAAGCGCCAGCGCCUCCUUCGACAACACAACCACCACCGCCAUCCUCCAGUACAAGUCCGCCCCUUGCUCCUCCACGAACUGCGCCGCCACCAAGCCAGUAAUGCCGCAGCUCCCCGCCUUCAACGACACCGCCACCGUCACCGCCUUCAGCCGCAGCUUCCGGAGCCCGCGGCCAGUUGAGGUCCCCACCGACAUCGACGAGAAUCUGUUCUUCACCAUCGGCCUUGGCCUCAACCGCUGCCCCACGAAAUUCAACUCCCGGCGUUGCCAGGGCCCGAACGGGACGCGGUUCGCUUCGAGCAUGAACAACGUCUCCUUCGUGCUUCCGAGCACCAUCUCGAUCCUCCAGGCGUUCCAGCAGAGGAUUCCGGGGGUUUUCACGGCCGACUUUCCGGCGAACCCGCCGGUGAAGUUCGAUUACACCGGGAAUGUGAGCCGGUCGCUGUGGCAGCCGGUCCCCGGGACGAAAGGAUACAGGCUGAAGUACGGGUCUAGAGUUCAAAUUGUUUUGCAGGACACCAAUAUUGUGACCCCCGAGAACCAUCCGAUUCAUCUUCACGGAUACGAUUUCUAUAUAGUUGCCGAGGGUUUUGGGAAUUUCAAUCCCAAGACUGAUACAAAGAAGUUCAACCUUGUUGAUCCGCCUCUGAGGAACACCGUCGCUGUGCCUGCCAAUGGUUGGGCUGUGAUUAGAUUCGUAGCUGACAAUCCAGGUGCUUGGCUAAUGCAUUGUCACUUGGAUGUGCACAUAACAUGGGGAUUAGCCAUGGUAUUCUUGGUGGACAAUGGAGUUGGGGAGCUGCAGACGAUGCAGCCUCCUCCAGAGGAUCUGCCUCUGUGUUGAUUGAAGAUGAUGAGAUCGUAUUCAAACAUAUUUGCUACGACAAAACAAAGAUUCGUGAUCAGAAUAAAUAGGGUUUCUCAAAUCUUCCUUUAUAUAGUAUACUAUACGAGAUCAUUGUUUUUUGUUUUCCCCUGCAUUUGGGGGGGGUCUUUUAGUUACAUUGCUCUGUUUUUUAAGUGUACCUUUUUUUGGGAUAGAUAAAGAAGCGGGUCUAGA